AUGAGGGGUUCGAAGAGGCCGCUGAGUCUAAUAUCGGGAUGGUUCCGCCGGCAGCCGGCGAAGGUGAAGGCGUUCCUUGGCGUCGCUGUCGGAAUCGCCACCCUUGUCUUCAUCCGAUCCGUCGUCGGAGGCUACAACAACCUCUUCGUCGCCACCGAGGCCAGUCACGUCGCCGGAAUCUUGCUUCUCAUUUAUAAGCUCACAAAGGAGAAGACUUCUGCAGGGCUCUCACUCAAGUCACAGGAACAAACAACAUUGUUUUUAGCUAUUAGACUUUACUGCAGCUUUGUUAUGGAGUAUGAUAUACACACGCUACUGGAUUCUGCUACUCCCAUGACAACUCUGUGGGUUAUUUAUAUGAUUAGGUUCAAACUGAAGUCUAGUUACAUGUAAGAUAAAUGUAUGAAUCAGUGGAUUGUGGUUCCUUGUACUUUAUUAGCGCUUGGAGUUCAUCCCUCAACGUCUCAUAACCUGGUGAACAGGAUUCUGUCGGUGCUGCCUCAGUUACGCAUGAUGAAGAACACAAAGGUAACGAACCAUUUAACGACACACUAUGUGUUUGCUCUAGGAAUUGCCAGGUUUCUGAGUUGUGCACACUGGGUCCUGCAGGUUUGA